GUUUUAUGCCUUAAUCAAAAUGCGUUCAAAGGUUCAUGGUACUCACUACUCUCUAAUGGUAAAAAGCCCUAACAGUGUAAUCGCCAUUCUCCUAAAAUUCUUCUGAUUUCAGAUUUUGAGGGUUGUCCAUUAGGCCAUCAAUGCAAUGUUUGAAUGCGGAUAGUUGAUCAGACACCUUUUAAAACUUACUAACCAGCUGAAACCAUGACCAGUAGGAGCGUCAGAUUCUUUUUCAUGUCAUUUUCUAAUCCCUCUACUCUAAUUCAAAAUCCAAGUCUCCGCUGUUUUUGCACUAACACAACAGCUGUAAAAAGAAAAUCUCAAGUUCAAUAUCCUCUACAAUUCCAAGAAAAAUCCCCCCAAAGAAAACUCAUUGCAGUGUCAUGUCUUCUGAAAAAAUAUGGUUUUCCAGCUCAAGAACUUACCAAUUUUCUCGAUAAGAAUCGUCGUUUACUAAAUCUAGACCCCGCCAAAAUUGAAAAUUCCCUUAAGAUUCUAUUAUCCUUGAAACCAUCUCAAGAAUUCCUUGUGUCCAUGAUAAGUAGUUGUCCCAGGGUUCUAGAAUAUGAUGCUAUAAAGAAAUGGGGAGGAGGCAUCCGAGGAUUAGAAGAAGGGUCCAAUUUAUCCUCCUUGGCUAUUCGGAACAUUCUGGAGGUCUCGGUGAAGUUUGAACUAGAUUAUGAUUGUGUUUUGGGGUCUUUGAAAUGUCUGAAGGAUUUGGGGGUUAGUGAUAUUACUCUAAAUAAGGUUUUGGAGACACAUCCCAUGGUAACUACGAUGUGUGCGGGCAAGGUUCGUGACAGUUUUGAAUUCGUCGUUGAUGCCUUUGGGAUUGGCAAUGUUGAAUUUGAUCGCAUUCUCCGUGUCUAUCCGGCUGUUUUGGUCUAUGGGAUUCAAAAUAAGUUGAAACGAUUGCUUGAUGAAUUUAGAGUUCUGGGUUUUAACAUGGAGGUGGUUAAGAAACAGCUUCUGAGAGAUCCUAGAAUUCUUGCAUUGGAAGUUGGGGAGUUAUCACGGUGUUUGGAGCUGCUUAAGAGUUUGAAAUGUAGGGAAGCUAUUAAGAAGGAUAUUUUUCAUGAUGGGGCUUUUAAGGCUGGAUAUGAGGUGAAACUAAGGGUUGAUUGCUUACGCAAUCACGGGAUAACCUUAAGGGAUGCUUAUUCUGUGUUAUGGAAAGAGCCGAGAGUGAUACUUUAUAACUUAGACGAUGUUGAGAGGAAGAUUGAGUUUCUGUUGCACGUGAUGAAAGUUGAUAUUCAGUGUCUUGUUGAAGUUCCUGAGUACCUUGGGGUGAAUUUCGAGAAACAUAUUCUACCAAGAUUCAAGGUAAUUGACCAUUUAAGAUCAAUAGGAGGACUUGGUGAUGAGGUGGGGUUGAGAGAGUUGAUUAAACCUAGUAGAAUGAAAUUUUAUAAUCUAUAUGUAAAGCCUUAUCCAGAGUGUGAAUCAAUGUAUGGAAGAUUUUCAAGAGAUACCGAAGCAAGAAGUCAACAUCCAGUGGGGAUGUGGAAGCUUUUCAAACCACAAAAUAAUCCAAAGUCCAGAGUAGAUAUUAUGAACAUUAAGUCGUAUAUGGAUUCGCUGGCUUGAAAUCUGGAUUCUUCCUCUAAUUUCUACCCGAACAUACAUCUAUGUAGCAUUCU